AUGGAGAACGCAUCGACCGAGAAAGUGGAAACGGCCACCGAAUCGAACGAGGACAACUCGGUGGAGAAGAUCCAAGUGGAAUUGGUCCAGUCGGCCGCUGAUCUACCGCGAGGAGAUUGUCGUUUCGUCUGGCAGCCUCGCUGUUGGUCAUCAAGGGACGCCCAGGUGUCGUUGAAGCCGGCCGCUGUCAUCGCCAUACCCGAUCGCGUCACGGCCACGGAAGUCGAAGAGCCGGCCCAGGUGCAGGCCGUCGAGUCUGAUCACAAAGUGGAAAAGCCCGUCGCUGACGACUUGAAGAUCGAGCAGACCGUGGCUGUCGAACAGGAGAAGGUUGCCGAGCCCGUUGUUGUUGAAGAAGAGAAGGUUGCCGAGCCCGUUGUUGCUGAACAGGAGAAAGUUGCCGAACCCAUUGUUGCUGAACAAGAGAAGGUUGCCGAGCACGUUGUUGCUGAACAGGAGAAGGUUGCCGAACCCGUUGUUGCUGAGCAGGAAAAAGUUGCCGACUCUGUGGUAGCUGAGGAAGAGAAGGUUGCCGAGCCUGCCGUUGCUGAACAGGAGAAAGUUGCUGAACCUGCUGUGGCUGAACAAGAGGUGGUUGCUGAACAGGAAAAGGUUGCCGAACCAGUUGAGCAGGAGAAAGUAGCUGAACCUGUCGCUGUUGAGCAAGAAAAGGUUGCUGAAGCCGUUGCCACUGAAGAGGAGAAGGUUGCCGAGCCUGUUGCUGUUGAACAGGAGAAGGUAGCCGAACCCGCUGCUGUUGAGCAAGAAAAAGUUGCUGAAACCGUCGCCGUUGAACAGGAGAAGGUUGCUGAAGAAGAAAAGGUUGCCGAACCAGCCGUUGUAGAGCAGGAGAAGGUUGUCGAGCCCGUUGCCGCAGAACAAGAAAAGGUUGCCGAACCCGUAGUGGCCGAGGAGGAGAAAGCUGCCGAACCCGUUGCUGCAGAACAAGAGCAAGAAAAGGUUGCCGAACCUGUCGUCGCUGAGCAGGAACAAGAAAAGGUUGCCGAGCCCGUCGUCUUUGAGCAAGAACAAGAAAAGGUUGCCGAACCCGUCAUUGUUGAGCAAGAACAAGAAAAGGUUGCCGAACCCGUCGUCGUCGAACAAGAACAAGAAAAGGUUGCCGAAGCCGUUGUAGCUGACCCAGCCGCUGACGAGACGAAGAAGAGCACCGACUGCAAAGUCGAGUACAUCCUCGUCAACGACGCCGGUACCCCGGCCCAUGCCAAGGACGUGGCCGAAGAAAAGCCCCAAACGCAGGAUGACUCUGCUGCCAUCGUCGUUACCUCGGCCGAUGCUGAAACCAAGCCGGCUUCCGCUCGCUUCGAGUCGCGAGUCAACAGCCGCACAAAGUCCAAGUUCGGUUUGAGAUCCCUCGGUCGCCGCAUCAUCAAAUUUUAAACACGAUCCAUCGCAAACGCCCUUUCCCAUCGAAAUAAAACCCCCCUUUUUCAAAAAAAACAAAGUGCCUUGCAAUUCAAAAAAUGAUGACGUUUUGAAAUGCAAAUGAAAGCCCCACGUAUUUUUUAGCAAAACGUUUGGAGACCGCAACAAAGCCAUCCAGCCACGCCCUUUUCAAUUUAUUUU